AUGCAUAUCGAGAUAAGCGUAAGGAUAAAAUUUAUCUAUCUAUCUAUCUAUCUAUCUAUCUAUCUAUCUGUCUGUGUGUCUAUCUAUCUAUCUAGCUAUCUAUGUUCAUAUUUGUCUCUUUAUCUAUAUGUAUGCGCUUCUAUCUAUCUAUCUAUCUAUCUAUCUAUCUAUCUAUCUAUCUAUCUAUCUAUCUCUCUCUCUCUCUCUCUAUAUAUAUAUAUAUAUAUAUAUAUAUAUAUAUAUAUGUCUGUCAGUCUGUCUAUGCGUGCAUAUAUUCGUCCUAAAGAAUGGGUUCAGACCAGUAAUAUAAUCCCUUUCUGCUUAAAUAUUUGCCGAAUAUCGAAUGUGAUACUGACUCUAGAUUCCCGGGACAAGCAACAAUACGUAAUUUCUCUGAUGCCUAUUGAUUUAUGCUGCAGUCAGAUUCCAUUAGCGCAUUUAUGUGGAAAUUCGCUGAGUUUAACCCUGUUUUCUCAUUUGUUAUUCAAAGAUUACUUCUCUUGCUUCUUCGUCGGCUUCUCCUCCUCGUCCUUCGUCUCUCAACAGUCAUUCCUCUUACAUCACUAUCUAUCUAUCCAUUAUUUCGCAGCAGAGAUCUCAAGAUUACAUUAUUCCUUAUGCAGUUUUACUCGGCCACCUAUCUUUUACAUUAUCUUUUCUUUCUUUCUUUCUUUCUUUCUUCGUCGUUUCUUUCUUUCUUUCUUUCUUUCUUCGACGUUUCUUUCUUUCUUUCUUUUUCAUUCUUGCUUCAUUUUUUUUUUUUCUUUCAUUUUCCUUCUUUCUUUCUUCAUCGCUUCUUUUCACUUUCGCUUUUCUUUCUUUUUUACUGGCAUUUAUUUUACACCUAUCUAUCUAUCUAUCUAUCUAUCUAUCUAUCUAUCUAUCUAUCUAUCUAUCCUGUUCAUAUCUAUCAUAUCUAUCUAUCUAUCUAUCUAUCUAUCUAUCUAUCUAUCUAUCUAUGUAAGCCUGUUGGUAUCAAUCUAUUCAGCCUGUCGAUAUCUAUCUAUUCAUCCUGUUCAUAUUCAUCUAUCUAUCUAUCUAUCUAUCUAUCUAUCUAUCUAUCUAUCUAUCUAUCUCAGCUUGUUUUUCCCCUUCUCCUCUCCCUUUCUAUCUACUAAAAAUAUUCAUAUCUAUCUAUCUAUCUAUCUAUCUAUCUAUCUAUCUAUCUAUCUAGCCUCGUGUUCAUCUAUCUAUCUAUCUAUCUAUCUAUCUAUCUAUCUAUCUAUGGAACUGUUCUUCUUAUAUAUCAUUUUGCUGUUCUUUUCACAGUUUAUCAUUUUUACCGCUUUUAUUCAUUUUCGAAUCAUAUUCAAUCUAAGAUUUCGAAUGAUCAAACGCGUGUCCCGAUUUUAA